AGGGUCUGCCUGCGCGCUCCCGUACGUGCCCACCUCUUGUCUGCUCUCCGAUCCUACACCGGUCCAUUCGCUGACUCAGUGCCUUAAGCAGCAUCACCGAUCACCGAAACAGGACUACAGCAUCUUCUGCAGAGAAAAUACAUCAGCCAUGGCUAAAACAGCAACCGCAUACAAAGAGAAGAUGAAGGAGCUGUCUGUCCUCUCCCUCAUCUGCUCCUGCUUCUACCCAGAGACACGCAACAAGCUUGUGUGCGAGUUUGAAGAUAUGGAGGUCAAACCUAUAAACAAGCGGGCCUCGGGACAGGCCUUCGAGGUGAUUCUCAAGCCUCAGUCUCCGGUGUCAGACAUAGCUCACAACCUCCCCUCACCUCCAAAGAGGGAUGUCUCCUUGGAGGACAUUGAGAAGAAACUGGAGGCCGCUGAAGAACGGAGGAAGUAUCAGGAGGCCCAGGUGCUGAGGGCUUUGGCAGAAAAGCGGGAGCAUGAGAGGGACGUGUUGCUAAAGGCCAUGGAAGAGAACAGCAACUUUAGCAAGAUGGCUGAGGAGAAGCUCCAGAUGAAGAUGGAGCAGAUCAAGGAGAACCGUGAAGCCUACCUGGCAGCCAUGAUGGAGCGUCUACAGGAGAAGGAGAGACACGCGGCUUUGGUGCGCAAGAACAAAGAGCUGAGGGAAGAGCUGACAGCAUGAGCCUCACAACGAGCCCUGACUUCCAUGGUCCAUCUAUGUCCCUCCAUCCACACCCGCCCCACCCUCUCUGUAACAGACACUCAACCCUGGAGGCCGAGAGGUCCAAAGACCUCACCACCACUUCACAACACACCAUGCCACCAAUACUCACUAUUAUCAGUAUUAUCAAUGGAUACAAACAUCAAUAACACUUGUCUUGAGAAUGAAGAAUGGAUAUGUUGAUGUCAGAGGAAAUGGGAGAAUGACUUUUAUUUUGUAAAUACUUUUUUCCUUCUAUCUAUCUAUCUAUCUAUCUAUCUAUCUAUCUAUCUAUCUAUCUAUCUAUCUAUCUAUCUAUCUAUCUAUCUAUCUAUCUAUCUAUCUAUUUACGAUUUCAAACAUUUUGUUUGUCAUUGAUUAAUGUUUCAGUUCUUGAAAUUUAACUCUACAACCAUUUUUCUUGUGAAAGCCCCCCCCCCCGGUGUUGUGAGUUGGCUGUAGACAGACAUUUUUGCAGUGUUCCCUGACGAUGUCGUGAAAACGAUGUUUGUGUGUCUUUCGUGAUGAAUGACGGUCGGUGUACGUAGACUGCGGGCGCCUCAAGAUAUUAUGCGUAUCUCAUCUGUAUCUCCCUCAAGCACACCUGCUCAUUCUCAACACGCACGCUCCAAACGUAACAAUAGGCCAAACCCCACAGGUCCCUGAAGUGUCCACUCUCUCUCCGAACCGAGCUUGAUAAUGAACUUGAUAGGUGCUUUAUUGUUAUUAAGAAUGUCUUUGCCCAGUGGGAGCAACUAUUUAUACACCUGCAGAUUCCCGCAUACCCAGACAAAGCUGUUUUUCAGUGAAUCCGUUCUUAGUCAAUUUGGGAAUAAAAAUCUUAUAAAUGUAUGAACGUUAUGACACCUCAGUGGCAUCAUGCAUAUCGUCUUGCACAGUGGAAUGUGCCGUUGCUCCCAUCUUGAUAUUGAUAGUGCGACGAUAACAACGUGUGUCUGUGUGGGUGUGUGUGAAUGCAGAUUUACCUUGAGGCAUCGUUAGCGUCUGCUCUCCUUGGGGGAUUAGAUGGAGAAUGGAUGCGGGAUGCUUUACAUUCAGCACACUGAACUAGUCUCUUUUUAAUAUACAAUACCACUGAUAUCUGCCUGCAUCCUCCGCUGCUUGUGUUUCUCCCUUCAUAUAUUUCUCUGUGAAAGCUUUGCUGAAUAAAGGUUUGGGGUUCUGUGAACAUGGCAUGCACCAUCUAAUACUUUUCUGUGUAAAAAGACAAGGGAAAUUGUAAACUGCCAAAUAAAAGAACCAGUUAUCUGCACAUCCUGGGAAUCACA